AUGCAGUGUUUCCAUCACCCAAAGAUCUCAUUCAUCACCCCUUUGCCGAUACUCUUUCUCGGACGGAUGCAGAGUCCGGAAUUGGCAAACGAAAUAAAAUUGAGAGCUUUCUAUCCUGAGGUAGCCGCACUUCUUAAACUGACGCGAACGUUGUUUAUUGCACCAGCCCAGCCGGAUGAUGAAUCCAAUCCGGAUCCCAAAGGUGAAGCAGGAAACCUUCCCCAGUAUGACCCGACUACGUACUACACAGACGACGACUUCUGCCCACGAUCCCAGCCGCUUGAGCCACUUCGACCAAGGAUAACACCAUCUCCUUCACCGCUGCCGAAUAUUCCGAAAGAGCGAUGGGAUCCUCUAGAGAAUUUGAACGAUUACUUCCCAGCCGGGUGGUUCACCAACGAAACUGACCAGACGAAUGUGAGACAAAUAAUGGAGGAGGUGAAAAAGAUAUACUUGGGAUUGAGGGCUUUGGAAAGAAGCCUAAUACCGAAAAGCACGGCUCCGAUCACCGCUGUACGAAGGUUACAAUCGUUGCGCAUGCCGUGGCUCUACGGCCCACUUCAGCGUCACGCACGUAAGACGUGGCCUGGAGAGGCUGAGCUCGAUUCGGACCUAGGCUCUUCUGACUAUGGAGAUGACAUGCGUAAGCUGACUAGAAUCACUAGUGCCAUCAGAUAUCUCUUUAAGGUGUAUCCGGGCCCUCAGGACGCAGGCGAAAAGCUAGAUGCCCAUACCGGUGGCAUCAGACUGUCGAGUGCCGCUCCACUAGACUAUGACCAAGACAGAAAGUUAGACCCUGAUUACCUCCGAAUUGUCCUUCAAAGCGAAGACCACCCCGACCAUGACGUCUUCGCGAUGGGAUCCUGGGAUCUUCUCGAGGGGCAGUCUUCUCAAGCCGAAGGCCACACUGUGUUGGCCGGUGAUUCUCUAGAUCUGUCAGACUCGACCUUCGGUUUAUAUACGAUUAGUGCUGAAUACCAACGGGCACCUGAAUCAUUUACCGAUAGACUGUAUCGGCGCACAGUGGCAGAAAAGGAUUAUCAAAUCCCCAUAAACCUAGACGCCUUGACAUCUCCGUGUGAUAACAAUCGACAUGAGCUUGAUUCCGGAGCCGCAGGUCCCGAGGCGGCACUCAUGGAAGAUACAUGGAGCGUCAAGUGCCUGUCGUCAACUUCCUGCUCAAGCGUUUGCUCCCUUGAGAGUGACACCCUCACCUCGCCGGACUCGCUCUAUAUUGCUCCUGAGCAUCUAGCUCCUAUGGAUCCUUUGGUGGAAAGCACAGAGGUCACGCAACCAGACGCCAGUGCCGAAAUCGAUAAUGCAAUUCAUAUCCAGGCCGAAGCCUUUCUUAUGCACACAAUGCAACUUGGCAUUUGCUACCAUCGAUCAACUAAAGUCAGUAUUACCUUACAUUUCAUUGGGGUUUCACUAACAAUGGAAUGUCUAGCAACCGCAAUCGUAGAAAACAUGACCGCAGGUUCGCGGCUGACCUUCGGAGACACGACCGUACCAUCUACCGGAACACUAAUGCAGGAGCCGGAAUGUAUCGAUGCCCUAAUGCAGGAUACAAGAAGCCCAAAUAACGGUUUACCAAAAAGGACAACUUUGACCGGCACGUAA